CACAGCCUCAAUCAUCUGCUGAAGACACGCAGCACUGAAGUGAUGGAAACCAUGAAGAGGCUUCUGCUCCUGUGUCUGCUCCCUUUGUUUGGAGGUCAAAGGUCAUCAGCAUGCCCCCAUCUUUGCUCCUGUAAUGGCAGUCAGGUGGACUGCAGCCGCAGGUCUCUCAGCUCGUCCUCGCUGCCCACCAGUUUCCCUGCAGGGACCACCUCUCUCCGUCUUCACAACAACAACCUGAUCAGCCUCCCUAAUGGACUCCUGGAUAACUUGAGGUCCCUCAGCUCUGUCUCCCUUCAUGGUAACCCCUGGGUGUGUGACUGCGGCGUGCUCUACCUGAGAGCCUGGCUGCUGCGCCAGCCUCUCACCCUUACAUCCCACCUGGGUGUUAACUGCAGCUCCCCUCCCAGCCUGAGAGGGCGGCUGGUGGUGUACUUAACCGAGCAGGAGCUCCUGCAGACCUGCCACUACUGGUACUGUAACCUGGCGCUGGCCUCACAGGUGUGUCUGUUCGUGUUUGUGGCGGUGCAGGUGAUGCUGCUGGGGGCUCUCAUCGUGUUCCUGAGGAGGUUUGAGAGGAUGUCCAAAGAGGCGAGAAGAACCACAGAGGAGAGCUUCACAGCCGGGGAUAAUGACAGGGAGAACGAAUACACGCCUUUAAAGGAGAGCAGGUUCUGAGCUGUGGUGUAUGGUUGUUAUAUACAAAAGUGUAUUAUUUGCACCUUGGAGAGGAGAUGUUUCGCACAUGCUUUUGUUUUUCAGAAUAUAAAACCAAAAUUCAUUUUUAUAUACAAACACAUGACAAAUUAAGUUAAAACCCUGAAUAAAUGAGUAAAGAAACCUAACAACUGCAGAUAUUUUAUGCAGGAAACCAGUGAAAUUGAUUGUAAUAGUGUAAAAUAUCCUCAGCACAUUUAAAACCAAAUCCAACAAUGUCAGAUUUAAGAAUGACCGACACUUUAUGUUGGUUUUUGCUUUAAUUUGUUAUCCAACUAUCCAUACCUGUGUAGCCGAAGAAUAUUAUAUAUCACUGUUUAUCACUGUCAAACAGACUAAAUUAAUUAAAUAAUCUGCACUAGCGUUUGAUCAAUAAUAGACUUUUCAGGAUGACGCCAGUGUUUACUUUGGCAAUUUACUAGAUUGUACUUAUAUAAUAAGUAUUUCAAUUGCUGUAAGAAUAGCGAAAUGUGGUUGUUAAAUAACUAUGACAACAACAUGUACUGAGUAGGCAGGUUGAAAUAUCAAAUUAAUUUAUUUCUAUUUUUAUUUUAUUUUUAAGUCUCUUGUGGUUGAAUAACUGAUUCAUAAAAAUAUGUUUUUAGCUUCUUGAGGUGCUUCACUUUAGGAUGUGAACAAUCAAAAUAAUCUUAAUGAAGACAAAGGAGAGGAGAAAUGGUUAUGUCUGAAUAUUUGCCUAUACAGUGUUUUUAUAUGGAUGUGUGAUAUCUGGCAUAUUAUAUUUCAAUCUUUAUUUCUUUAUUGUAGGAAUUUGCCAUUCUCUGUUUAUAUAUAGAGACAGUGUUAAUCAGAGAAAGGGUGAGUCCCACAGAAAAUGUAUAUUUCUUUUUUGGAAUUGUAUCACCUUUUAAACAUGCAACCAAUUGUUAUAUGUGUAAUUAAAAUUCUUGUGUUAUGGAUUAAAUAAGAAAAAUAAACUUGAUGGAAAAACUAUGCU